AUGCCCGAGUUGGGGUUGGGUAGCUCCAUAGAUGUUGUCGGCCCAACGACUGCGGUACACGCCGACGUACUUGCCAGGACUCGACGGGUCUGGGCGGAUGUUCAUGUGGACGGCGCCACGAGACUCCGGUACCAUACUCUCUUUCCACGUCUUGCCCGAGUCUUCAGAGUACCUCACGGCCGACACAUCGUCGUUGCCAACCCACUCAACACCCUCCUCGGCGCGGCAGUGGAAGACGGGCAAGACCCAAACGUCCUUGCCGGGUCCAUUCUUAUCGUUGAGGACGAUGAUGGGCUGGCGGACAAAGAUGCCCCGGUCUGGGAACAGCUCGGCGGGCUCGCCCCAGGUCUUGCCGAGGUCGGUGGAUACGCGCCGCCUCACGAGACACUUGUUCUGGGCGCCGUGCUCCUGGGCCGUGUAGAUGCACCAGAGGUUGCCGGACCUCUCGUCGAGGAAGAGCACCGGGUUUUGCUCGCUGCGGGCCGGGUCUUCGGAAACCUGCAUAGGAGUGGUCCACUCGUUGGCGCCGGGUGCGAGGCGGGAGAGCCAGAUGUAUAUGUCUGA